GGGCGUGGGGGGGGUCAGUGCGGGACGUGGCGGUGGAGUGGAGGUGGGAGGGAGCGGCGCCAUGACCCGCGGGAACCAGCGCGAACUGGCGCGGCAGAAGAACCUGAAGAAGCAGAGCGACUCGGGCAAGGGCAAGCGGCGGGACGACGGGCUCUCGGCUGCCGCCCGCAAGCAGAGGGACUCGGAGAUCAUGCAGCAGAAGCAGAAGAAGGCUGACGAGAAGAAGGAAGGCAACAAGUAGCGGGCGGCCGCGCUGGGCUGCCGCCCCAGGGCCGGUCCCACUGGCAGGAUGCCCCGCGCCGCCCCAGGCCGGGUCCCGCCGGGACCCCCGGCAUCGCCCCGCGCCCUGCGGCGCCGUCCCCUAUUAAAGUAGCUGUGGAGCCCUGCA